AUGCAUCGUCUCUUAUUGGCAGGAGUCCAGUUUCUCUUUGAUUUGAGGAUUGUGUUAUUGGGAAACAGAGCAGCAGGGAAAACCUCUUUGGCAAACCUAAUAACAGGUCACGCAGAGCCUCAUCUAAAGAGAACGGCCCAGUGUGUGAAGAUGCAUGGAGAUUUUGCCGGAAGGCAGGUCACUGUAGUUGAUACGCCGGGCUGGUGGAAGAACUACCUUGUCAAAGAAACCCCUGAAUUUCAAAGACAAGAGAUUGUGCUUAGCGUUGCUCAUUGUCCUCCUGGGCCCCAUGCGGUUCUGCUGCUCAUACGUGUCGAUGCUUUAUUCAAAGAAAAGCACAGGAGGUCAGUGCAGGAACACCUGGAACUUCUGAGCGAGAGAGUCUGGAACCAUACUAUAGUGGUGUUCACAUAUAGAGACCAGCUACAGGAGCAAACUUUAGGAAAGUACAUUGGAAGUGAAGGAGAGUCUCUUCUUCUCUGGCUAGUGGAGAAAUGUGGACACAGAUAUCAUGCUCUUAAUACUGAGAGAGCCACUGGGACGCAGUUGACGGGGUUAAUGGAGAAAAUAGACGCAGUGGUCGUGGGAAACGGUGGCUGUCACUUUGAAAUGGACAGAAAAUGGAUGUAUGCGGUGGAAGGAAUGAUGACGAAGAGAUACACGAGAGCAAACCAGAGGAGGAAGAUGGUACAAGAACAAUGGGAGACUCCACUUGUACGACAAGGUCUCAAACAUGUCCACAUUCCUAAGGUGAGGAUGGUAAUGUUAGGUUUCCGAAGAUCUGGUAAGAGUUCAGCUGGAAACACCAUUUUGAGUAUGGCGACGUUCGUCUCAAAGAGAACAUCCACGUGUGUGAGAAGACAAGGCGAGGUGGAUGGGAGACACGUGAUUAUAGUGGACACUCCAGGCUGGUGGAAGUCUCUCCCAGUGGCUGACACUCCUGAACUGGAUAAAGAGGAGAUUUCACUCAGCGUGUCUCUCUGUCCACCAGGACCACACGUGCUUCUGCUGACUCUGCGUGUAGACAUGUCAUUCACAGCAGCAGAGAAGAAAUCAGUGGUGGAGCACAUGGAGCUUCUUUCUGAGAGAGUGUGGGCUCAUACUAUAGUGCUGUUCACCCAUGGAGACUGCCUGGGGGACUUGACUGUCGAAGAGUUCAUUGAGAGUGAAGGGACGGCUCUACAGUGGCUAGUUGAGAAAUGUGGGAACAGAUAUCAUGUCCUCAACAAUGAGAACUGGAAUGAUGGCAGUCAGGUCACAAACCUGCUGGAGAAAAUCGAGAAGAUGGUGGCACAAAAUAGGGGCCAUUAUUAUGAAAUUGACCUUAAGACGCUGAAGGAGGUGAAGCAGAAAAGGAAAGCAGUUGAAAGGAAAGCUAAGGCUAGAGCAAAGAAACAAAGACAGAUGAGGAAGAUGGACAAUAAAAUGAAGGAUGUUGGAAAGCAUUUCUCAGAAUUUUCUCUUGUGCUGCUGGGUUAUGGAGAAUCUGGGAAGAGUUCAACAGGGAACACCAUCUUCGGCAAACAGGUGUUUGGGUCAAGAAGAACAGCCCGGUGUGUUCAGGUACAUGUAGAGGUGGGAGGACAACAGGUCAGCAUCAUAGACACCCCUGGCUGGUGGAAGCACCUGCCCACAGAACAAACCCCUGAACUAAAUAAAGACGAAAUCACACAGAGUGCAUCUUUAUCCGCUUCUGGACCAGUCGCUUACAUUUUGGUCCUUCGUGCCGACUGUUCCUUUAAAGAGCGAGAGCGGAAGGCGAUGGAGGAUCAUUUGAGGCUUUUGGGCUCCACGGUUUGGGAUCACAGUAUAGUUCUGUUCUCGUUUGGGGACCUGCUCGGAGACAGAGCCAUUGAGCAGCACAUUGCAUGUGAGGGAGAAGCUCUGCAGUGGCUUGUUGACAGAUGUGGAAACAGGUAUCAUGUUUUUAAUAAUAAGGCCAAGGGUGAGAGCCAUCAGGUCACAGAGCUGCUGGAAAAGAUACAAGAGAUGAUUUCAGCAAACAGCAGGGGCAAUGACAAAGACAUGCAGGUGCUGCGGGAGGUGACAGAGGGGAGGAAGGUGGAGGAAGACAGAGCAAACACCAGACUGAAGAUGCAGGGACAAAGAGAGGAAGAUGAAUCUGAUGAUGUAUUUGAUGAUGAUGAAGUCAUUUGGGAGUCAAGAGCAUGGAAAUGGACAACAGCUGUAUGAGGCGAUAAGUUAGAGUUCUGGAAAUUAUUUUAAUAAUCAGUUCUCUUGUUUGCUUUUGAGUAGAAAUAUCUAAACAUCCUUUAAAAAGACACUAUUAUUAUAAUUAUAAUUAUUAUAAUUAUUAUAUAUAUAUUAGGGCUGGUAAGUGAUUCAUUUUUAUCCAAUUACAUAAUUUGAUGAUUAAUUAAUCGAAUAAAUCGCACAUCAGAUUUGGAAGAUUACUCCCAAAAGAUAAUUUAAAGUCAUUGUGCAAAACAUCAAACAGAGAUUACAAAAAGUAAGUUCAGUAAGAAAUAUAUAUACACUCUUUGCAUAUGACCCUUUGCAGUGCAUUAAUUUUUCUUUAUUUUUUAAAACUUUGCUUUUCAAAAAUUAUAUGGUCACAUUUAUAUUUUAAAAAGACAUUUUCCAAGCUUGCAAUAUAUAUCUGAAAUACGUAGAGGGCACUAGGCUCUGUUUUUAAAAUGUAGAAAUGUGGAAAUGUAUUCCUCUGGCAAUCCACUGCCAUAUCUUUACUCUCAUAAUGCACAGACCCCUUAGCGAUAAGAAUAUUAAAAUUGGACACAUUUGCACAACACAUAGCUGUGGGCAAAGUGGCACACAUUCUUGAGGAAUAUGCAAAUGACAUGCCACAACACAAUAUUUCCAGGGAAAAAUAAACAAAAACAAACAACCAAACAAAUAAAUAAAUGACAAACGGCAUCCAAGGGGAAGAACAGCAAGAGAAAGUAAUGCUAAUGCAAGUUACUGUUAUAACAAUGACACUUUAAUGACUGUAAGACUCUUGUUUCUGGUAGAUGAAGUGAAUGUCAUUCGGUUUCAGACAACAGCACUUCAUACAGCCAACGGCUUUGAUACUGCUGUUCAUCAUUCACUGUUGGGAGGAUGUUUGCCUUUCACUCAUAUUCACAUGCACAUAGUCAUUGGAAUUGUUUCCUUAUUUUGUCAUCUGAACUUUUUCAGUGUGUCUAUUUUAUUUACUCUGGGGUACUUUUUGUUCAAGGGUCGUGAACUUUGUUGGCGAUUUAUCCAAGAACAACUCAAUCAAUAAUCGUUGGACUGUGUU